CUUCUGGCACGGAGCGGCGGCGCGGAUACCUGGACGUGUCGCGUCGAUGUUUACUCGCCGUUCUCCUGUCAUUUCACCUUUGUCUCGCGCUGUUUUACGUAACGCGUGUCUGUUUUUACGUUUUCUUUCGACAGAUGAUACUUUGAAUCUAAGAAACGUCGCGUUGUGCACGCGUCGGCGUUCGCCUGAGGGAUAGUUUACGUCCACGAACCGAGCCAUUGUUAACGUUUUUGGAGUUUGUCGCGUUGAGCUUUCGUUGCUGUCCUGUUUCAGUGAAGUUAUUGAUUCUGUUGACUUACGAGCCGGACGGAGGGGUGGGCUCCGGCUUCGACUUUGACACAAGAAGCCGACGUAAAGCGAAAGGAGUCGUUAUGUCCGGCAAACAACCAGUCCCCGUGCUCCUUUCUCCCUGGCACGCGUGAUAGAAGCGUGCACCGCCACAGACUUUUCUCCAUAAAUCAAACUGUUACGUAGCGCCUUUAAACGCGCCGAGCUCCCAGUAGAUAUAGGCUAUAAGUCAUUAUUCUGUUCUGACUUCUUGUGUAAAUGCAGCAGGCCCAAACUUGCGUUCUCGUCUGUAAUAAUCCGCGCGUUUCCAAAACGUGUGAUGUAAUAAAAGAGCACCGGUGUUUUAAAAGUAAUGCGAUAUCUCCGUGUUGGUUUGUACGAGCUGAUAGUGAAAGUAACUAAAAAUGACAGAAAAUCAAUGUCUGUGCUGGUCAAAAAUGACUUUGGAAAGGAAACCUGCUAUGAUUUGAUUGUUUUAUUAAGACCACGGCCUUUAUAAGACGUAGCUUAUCAAAGUCAAAAGGCAUACUCGUAAUUCAAAAACAAAUGCGACAUGAGGGUCGAACAGGCUGAAAUGAGCUUUAUUUGUUGUUUCUUUAUUGCGAACAGAUACGAAUGGCCUGAAGUGCUUUAAUUCGCAAUGGAAGAAACCCCUUUAGAUGAUGUGUGGCGCGUGAACGCCGCGCUUUAUCUUGUUUCAUAGUUUUGCAUGCCUGAAGUGCUUGCCACGAGAAAUAGUGACACUUGUCUAAAAAGUGGUAAAUUGUGUAAAUCUUAGUCAGUGUCACGGAGGUGCAGUCGAGGUGGGCUGGAAAUAUGGGAUAUGCGCUUGCUGGAAGAGGAGGAGUAAGACUGUGUAAUUAAAGGCGAAAAAAAAAAUCUUCAGACUGAUUUGUUAGGCUCCAGCAGACUAGAGGGUGUUACCGGCCCAUAUUAUAUCAAGUUUGAAAAGCAAACACAUGAUCAGAAAUUAGGCGCCUUCAAGUUUUCUUCUUGCACGUGCGGUAUAUUAAUUUAAGAUUCCUCUUUAAAAGUCAACUCUGAGCUUCUGCUAGCUUUAUGCUCCGCGGCGCUGUGGACGCGUCUAGAUCCACUCCAUUUACGAUCUUUUGUGCUCUUAAACAGCGGUCAGGAUCGGUUAAAUGCUAAGUGUGGGAUCUCCAGUUGUUCUCCGGUGCCGGAUAACAGCGUGGUUUUUUUGAAUGAGGAUAUCAGCUAUUUAGUCAAACGUGCACGGAGCGGCACGGGCUCUGAAGAAUGAAGCGAUAAUAUCAUCUGCGAUACCCUUCAGGACUUUGAAUAACAGCGCGAUCUACGAUGUAUUCGCCGAUUUGUCUCACACAGGAUGAGUUUCAUCCCUUCAUCGAGGCACUGCUCCCUCAUGUCCGUGCCAUAGCCUACACCUGGUUCAACCUGCAGGCACGAAAGCGCAAGUACUUUAAGAAGCACGAAAAGCGGAUGUCCAAGGACGAGGAACGGGCCGUAAAAGAUGAGCUGCUCAGCGAGAAGCCUGAAAUCAAACAGAAGUGGGCGUCCCGUCUCCUGGCCAAGCUGCGGAAGGACAUCCGGCAAGAGUACCGGGAGGACUUUGUGCUCAGUGUAACGGGCAAGAAGCACCCGUGCUGCGUUCUCUCUAACCCUGAUCAGAAGGGCAAGAUCCGCCGAAUCGACUGCCUGAGGCAGGCUGAUAAAGUGUGGCGGCUGGACUUGGUGAUGGUCAUCCUGUUUAAAGGUAUUCCGCUGGAGAGCACAGAUGGGGAGAGGCUAGUCAAGUCCCCGCACUGCACCAACCCGGCACUUUGCGUCCAGCCCCACCACAUCACUGUCUCUGUGAAAGAGCUGGACUUGUUUCUGGCAUACUACGUCCAGGACCAAGACUCGCAACAGUCAGGAAGUCCUAGCAACAAUGAACCUGGCAAGAACCCUCCAGUUUACUUGGAAGACAGCUUUGUUAAAUCAGGGGUCUUUAGUGUUUCGGAGCUGGUUAGAGUAUCCAGAACUCCUAUCACACAGGGUGCAGGAGUGAACUUCCCUAUGGCUGACAUGCCAAGUCAGCCAUAUUAUCAAGACCUGAACUCAGGAGUGAGUUUACACCGGUCCCUCUCGUCCCCUCACGGCAGUAAACGGCCUAAGACGAUCCAAGAGGACAGUAUGGAGACUAGUCCCACCGGGCCAGACUUCUACCCGUCCCCUAGUUCACCGGCCAGCAGACCCUGGCAUGAGAGAGACCAAGCAGACAUGUCUUCUCCCACCAUGAAGAAGCCAGAGAAGCCAUUAUUUAGCCCCACAUCUCCACAAGACUCUUCACCUCGGCUCAGCACCUUCCCCCAACACCACCACCCAGGACUGACCACCGUUGGCCAUAGCGUAAUUUCCACCAGGAGUCCACCUCCGCUGCAGUUCUCGGCCCCUGCCAUCCUUCCCCCGGCCCCCUCGCCCUACAUCUCUCACGGCGCCAUCCGCUACCCUCCGCACCUCAACCCACCCGACUCCCUUAAGAACUACAUGCAGCCUUACGACCCGUCCAGCCCACAGAGCAGCCAGCCGAACAGCAGUGGCCAGGUACUGGGGAAAGUGCCCGGUCACUUCACGCCGGUGCUUACGCCCUCACCCCACCACAGCACUGUCAGACCGGUGUCUCUCUCAAUGGCUGACACCAAGCCAAUCACCACAUCCUCAGAAGGUUAUUCAGCUCCAGGCACUCCCACUGCCAAUCGUUUCGUGGGACUGAGCUCCAGAGACCCAGCCUUUCUGCACCAGCAACAGCUGAGGAUUUGUGACUGGCCCGUGAAUCAAAACAUCAGGUCAUAUGGCUCAGAGGAGGCUUUGGGGAUUUCUUGGCAAAGUCCUGGUACCUGGGCGAGCUUAAUUCCAUUCCAAGUGUCGAACGGGACUCCGAUUCUGCCAACAAAUGUCCAGAAUUACAGCAUAAACAUCAUUGGUGAGCCCCUCCUCCAGGCAGAAUCAAGCAAUUAAAGGGGGGCCUAAAACUGGACCCAGGAGAGACAGGUCCUCGGACAAACCAGCAAGCAGCACUUAUACAAUCGACACGGACCUUUGUCCCAGCCUCUCAAGGACAUUGGCUUAGCGCAGUAGAGUGAGUUGGGCCAAAGUGUUCUCUUCUGAUAUGAGCCAGUCCACACCAGUCAGUCAUUGUGUAAGAAAGUCCCUGAACUGAGAUACUGUGAUCUUUACCAUACAAACUUUAGAUGCCUUACUGUAUAUGCAUGACAUGCUAGUCUCUUGUUAGUGUUUCUCUUGUUCUCAUGUCACGAUUACUAGUUUUGGUUUACAAAACGAUUUAGAAGGGGGCGAUCACACAAGGGCUGGCUGAAUGGAUGGUUUGUAAAGCAGGCUGCAAUUGGAACAAACUAUCAUCAAUCAAAGGCUCACCGUAUUCGUUACAUAACCAUAGGAACAAUUUUCAAUGAACUGAACGUUUCUAUUUUCAUAUUACCCUCAAAGUUUAAUUUGACACAUGGUGCAAAAUCAUUUGAAUAUGUAAUCAUGUCAAUUUUGUACUAAUUUUCUUUUAAGGUAAAGGUUGUAAUUUACUAUCCAGAGUUAAAAGCUCUGAAAACUUUUUUUUUUAUCCUUUAAGGAAAGAAAAAGCCUGAAUUAGUAGGUAAGAAAUACUACCCUUUUUUAAUUUCCUUCGAAAACGAUUUGAGAAAAAAUAAGACAAUAUCUCACAAGAGGCAAGUGCAAUUUAAAUGAUUUUACUGAAGGGAAGCUAUCACAGUCUGUCUGCCCUAAGACUCUAAAGGAACGGGGAGUAAAUGUUAACUUAACAAAAAAAAAAAAAAAAAAGAAGAAGAAAUAAAUCAAAUAAAAUAAAAAAACGUAAAAAAGUGAACCUAAAUCAUAAAAAAAAUUCAAAUUGCAUCCUUUGAUUCGGGAUACUAGGGAAAGCUGAGGGUGGAAGAGAAAAGUGGGAUUGACAGCGAACGUUUACGUGAGCAUAACUGAACAUGAACAAGACAGCACUUACUUUGAGCCGUACCCAGACAUAUGCGGGUAGUUUUUUGUUUUUUUUAUUUAUUAAAAUGAAAACAAAGUCGAUGAAAAAAGACUCAGACACAUUGCGUGUAUAAAAUGGCUUUUUUUUUUUUUUUUUUUUUACAUAUUACUCACCGAUUUAGUAUGCAUGUUUAGUCAGAUGUUGGCUUGUAAAGCUACUGUUUACAUUUGAUAUCAUGAGAAACAAGAGGAAUGCAGGCUGGUGAUGUGUAUGUGUAAAGCUGUACUCAUUUCAACAUGAACCUGCAGGAUGAGGCGAGGUCUCAAGGUGCUUAUUUCAAACCCACUUUGGUAGUUUCAACUGUCGCAGUCCCAGAAAUCGAUGAUUGCUUGUGGCAUUUGCAAUGCCGUUGCCUCUCCAAUCAGACAUAUUUAUAUAAUUAAUCUUUCCAAUAAUCUUAAUUUGCACGAAAAUAUAUAGUCCACAUUACGUGCCUUGCCUUCGACUAUAGAAAACAUCACUACACUUGUUUUUGCUGCAUUUAUUACCGUUUUAGGGGAAAAAGUAACAUUUUUAUGAUAAGAAAUAUUUUGUACUCUGGAUGAAAUUGUGACGUUGAUUUUUAGCUUCAUUUACUACUUUAUCUCACAUUUACAGUGCGUAUCAAGGCUGUGUAUAGUUGCCGUUCUAAAGUUUAUAAUCAACCAGCAUUAUUAUAAUUCUUUUCAGUAUUUUGGUGGUUGUCAUUUUUUGAUUUUGUUUGAAUCAUGUGUUGUUUGUUUGUUUUUCCAUCUUCCAGUCAUUAUUGGGGAGGGCGGGUCCAGAUUUAUAAGAAUUAUGCAAUACCAAGUUUUGCCUAUGUAGGUAGUGCUUUUAGCUGUGUGGAUUAUUAGAAGCUAGUAUAAAAAUACACAUAGUUUAAACAUUUAUUUUCUCUCUAUGUUGCUGUUGAUGAUGUUGUUGUCGUUGUUAUUUUCCUUUCUUUUUUUUUUGGUAAUUGACCAAAGUGGGAACUGCUUUCUAUGCAGUGUGCGACAAGGUCUUUUUUUUUCCCUUGAGUGUACCUAAAGGCAGAGAGGUGCGUGAGAGAAGUUUGUUUUGUAUUCUCUGUAAGGGGAGGGCUUUUUUUUUUUACACUUUAAAGCAUGUCUGCAAAGAAGGCACCAUUUGGUCUAAUACGGCUGCAAAGUCACUGAUUCGUCUACUGUGACUAACAAGCUCCUUCAAACUUCUCACCCGGGGUGCUAGUUUAACCUUCAGAAGAAGAUGACUUUCAUAAGGGAGACAGCUUGACUUGAGAGUGACAAUCACCGUCGAAGUAUGCACACUAAGGCAACGUGGUAAAUGCUGGCUUUUUUUAUUUUAUUUUAUCAGAUAUCUUCCCUACCCUAUCACCUAUUUCGGUUAACAAUGUAGCUAUAUGCAAUUCCCAAGUAAAUGCCUUAAAUUUUUACAAACAAGUGACUUGUUAUAAAAUGCGCUACAAUCACUGUCACGCAAGUAAGUGCGUGUUAGAUCUGUCACAAUCAGUAAAAUUCACUCUUUUUUUAUUCUUCCCUUUGAAGCGAUAAAAUGUACAGCCUUGCUACAGAGAUCAUAGGCCAUAGACAAAUACCCCCAUGGGGAGAAUUGUUUUUUAUAUUUAUCUCAACUUAUAUAGUUAUUUUCAAUAUUCAGUGAAAGAGAAUAACUUAAUGCUCUUACGGUCUUGAGGAUCACAAAAAUAAGAAGGUUUUGCACCUACAGCAUAAAGGCAAUCAUCCACCCGCAGUGUCUUUUAGUUAAACACAGAAGAAGAAAAAAACUCAGGCGUUUUGCUUAACAGGGCAUUACCAGCAUCAAUUAAUAGAUGGCCUCUUUAUAAUAACUCUUCUUAUGACCUUCUUAUGAAUCACUGUUCAGUCUUUUUCUGAGACCUCAAGUCAAGCUGAAUCUCUCCUCCUUCACUGAGAUUUUUUUUUUUGCUUUGUUUUUUUUUCGUCAUGUAUGUGACUAAGCUAGAAAAAAAAAAGCCACCCCGUUCAAUGUGCACUGUUCCGUCUUUGUUGUUGUUCAUUUGCGAAAAAUAAGUGCUUUGCAGCCUUCUGGCCGUUGGCAGUGCCACUGAAGUGCAUUUCCUCCUGGACUGGUGGGAGUGUCAGGGUCUUAGAGUCAAUCUCGUGCUGGAAGCCAUGAAGGAGGCCAUAGGUAGGGGUCAUCUUGUUGGCCAUUGUAAUAGUUCGGCAAUAGCAAUAGUUUUCAGUAGUAGUCAGUAUGGGUUGAAAAUCUGGCGGCUUUGUGCAACGUGUUUGUAGAUGUGCGUGUUUCAAGAGGAUUCUGACACUACGAGAGAAGAGUACGUGAGGCUCGUUCUGUUGAAAUGCCUGCCUUGCUGACAAAAGUGUGUACACUGUAAAUUUCUCUUUCCCCUUUUGUAAAAAGAACAACCUUUGACAUGUAUUCGUGAAUUUAAGUGAUGUCCAUAUUUUUUAGUGAAACACAAAAGCGUUCAAAAAAUACGAAACUGUUUUGACUUUAGAUUCGUGUUAUGACUUAACAGCUGUCUGAUACAGUGCAUAAAAAGGUUAAAUAUGUAAUUCUUUAUUUUUUGUUUUUCCUGUACUUAUAAAGUGGAGUGAAUUCCUGUAUGGGAUUGUAAAUGUUUAAAACAAAACGAUGAAGGUCUUUUGUUGUUUUUCGUGUUGAGUAACUUGGAUCCUUGAGACAUUUCAUAAAUGUUUGAAGUGUUGUUUUGUUAGCGUGGACAUAGAGUGUGUGUGAUGUGAUUAUGUGAUAUUGAAAACAGGACAAGAUGAAUAAUGUUCAAAUUUGUAGGGUCAUUAUUUUUUUAUUUUUUUAUUAUCUUGCUUUUUUUUUUUUUGUUGUUGUUGUUGUUUUGAUCCGUUGGGGAACUCCUAGUCACUUUAGUAUAAAGGCACCUGAUUUGAGUCUCCCAACACAAAAUACCAGGGUAAUGUCGCUACACAACAUCACAGAUUGUUCUGCUGUCUUGUGCAUUAUUUCCCUUGUCGACAGAGGCCGACCCACCGUACCAUGUUCAGAGAUUUUUCUGCUGUGCCGACACCGGCAUGUAGGCACCUCCAUUCUGUAGUGUUUACAUAUGUCUGCCGUGGGCAGCGAUGGACAUGUUAGAAUGAAUGCUGCAUAGUUUUCAGGGCAGGCUUGGUACUCCCAGAAGCCUUUGUGUGGACCCACAGAUGUCUUUUUCAUGUUGCCAUCACGGGAGGAAAACAGAUGAGCAUUUGCACUUUCUGCAGUUCCCACUACCCCUUUCAUUGGCACAUUGUUUGUUGUUUGGAUUACGUCUAGCUAGUGACGAUGCUCUGAUUAGCUUGAGCGUUCCUAUCUAGUUGGACUGAAUGUUGUGAAAGUAGCUUGGAGCAUUUCCCCUCACCGUAGUAGCGAUAUACAGCAGUUUCUUUUUUCAAAGGGCUGAUCUUUUAGAAAAGUCUUUGUUGCAGAAUUGAGUUGUUAAAAGCAGUAAGGUGAUGGCCUGGUAAAGCUGUAAAAGCCACGGUCACGGAAGAAACUUAUGCAAGGAGGACUAGUGGAACUCUCUGUGCAUCAGUGCAGGGAAACGACAGGAGGACUUUUUUGUCCACAUCUAUUCUCAUAUUUCCAUUUCUAGGGCAUUUACAACAGCAUGAGUGAUCAUUGACACAACAGUAAAACAUAAAAACCAGCAUAUUAUGAGAUGUUUACCAAAAAAAAAACAAUAAAAAAACAAAAAAAAGAAACAUAAAGUAAAAUAUUUCAAGCAGUGCCUGUUUCAGCUCAAAGUCUCAGUGGACUUUCCAUUGUAAAUAUGAAAACAUGUAAUUUUCUUUAGGGAAUAGAAAAAAAAAACGGUUAACAUGGAAUCUAUGGGAUGCCUCUUCCCAUGGUUUAAUCCCCCCAAACGUUUCUGCUUUUAUUUUGAUUAUUUUUAGUGUUCUGUGUUUGUUUGUUUUUUUGUGCUUUGUUCAAUUUUGGAUAAUUUUGUCAAAUGGGAUACCCCAGUCUCUAUUUAAGAGAGAUCCAGUAAUAGUUUGGCAGUGUGUUUCUCUAGACUACACUUAGUACUAUAGUAGAUGACAAAAAUGUCAGGUGAAAAAAAAAAAAAGAUUGCCAGCUCCACAGCAGAGGUGUUUUUAGUUUUUUUUUCUUUUGCUUUUUAAAGGGGGGGAGGGGUCUUGUGACACUUUUAUGCCCGUUGCAAAUUCAGUGGUAUUAUGGUAGGUGGGUUUAUAACAUGACAACGACACUAACACCAACAAAUGUUAUAAAUUCAUAACGGUUAUUAGUAGUGAUUGUGGAAACACAGCAUUGUAUGCAAAUAUUAAUGUAUGUUCUGAAUGUACAUUAUAGAAUCACUUUAUCAAGUUUUUGUGCUUUUACUCACAGUAUAAGAAAAACAGGUGUCCUUCAAGAUGCUGUAUAGUGAAGGUCUUGUUUUAUUUUCUUCUGUUGAUUUCAAGCUUUUCCGUUUUCACAGCUAUAAACAGUAGGCACUGCCUUGCCUUUGAGCUGGUUGCAGUUGUUGCAGGGGCUAAAAAUGCCACAAGAUUACAAAUGAGUGUAAAUAACGCUUGACUUUUUUGUGAUUGUUACUGUUAUAUCCAGCCUAUACUGCUAGCAGCUGUUUUUACUGCAGUCAAUUACUGGAAGUGGAUAUAUUUCCUAUGCAAAACUGUUUAAACAAUAAAAUGAGCUAUGCUACAAAGCAA